AUGUUUCGCUUUCACAAGACCAAAGACAUUGUCACCCUCUUCCACAAGGCCAGCUCGCCCGCCUCCGUUCGAGUUGCCAAUCUUCUCAAGCAGGCAUCAGCCAAUGCGACCGAGCAUGCGACCGAGGACCAGGCCAGCGACCACUCGGCGCAGACUGCCCCCGAUCGUGCCGAGUUCGAGCUGAACAUCACGGAAGACCCACCAACACCAGACCAGCUCCAGACCAUUCUGCAAUAUGUUGGCAAGCCUGCCAUUUCCUCCGUCAUAAAGGGUGCUUCGAGUGAGAGCGAAGCCUUGAAAAUCUUCAAGCAGAGUGCGGAGGCCUUCCAGCGGCCUGUGACGGUGGAUUGGAACAACGGCAAGGCGAUUGCCGGGGCAGACGAGUCCAAAAUACUGAAGGUUCUUGAUCAGAUCCCGAAGAAAUAA